AUGCUCAAAACGCUCUUCGCCCUCCUGCUCGCCGUUCUCCUAAUGCUGUCAGUUUCAGCGGCUCCAGGUAGGGUGUCAAUUUCAGAAAACUUCCGGUUUUCGUAGAUUCUCUACAACUAACUAUAUCAGUACCGUAAUAAUCCACCUUUAAAGUGCACAACUUUUCAUAUUGUCUUUCCAAGAAAGGAAGAGUACUGAUAGUCUCAAGGGAUUUUUGUUUUCGAGAUGAUGUCAUUUGACUCAAAAGUGUACAAUAUACUAUUUGGAAUACUAAUUUUGUACCCCCUUUUCCAGAGAAAAAGUGUACAGAAUUUUAAUAGGAGUUUUUGCUACGAUCAAAAAGUUCAAAGUUUAGCCAAUUUUUUCUCUAGAUUUAAAUUAGCAAAUUAUGAAUUUUAUACGAAUUUGAUUGUUUCAAAAAAAAAGUGCAAAACCUUUAAGGACUCUUCGAGUUGCCGUCGCGUUCGGUCCGUCUCAUCCGUUCGGAUCCGGCCGCCUACGAUGGCUACGAGAACAGCUUCUAUCGCGGAUACGGAGCCGAUCAGCAGUUCCGAUUCAACUCGCAACCCUCCUGGUGA